CAAAAAAAAAGGUUGCCCGCGUCAUGACGUCAUGGACUCUGGUGUCCGGCCUAUAUAAACACUUUCCAGUGGAGAUUUUUUACACAAGAAGACACGUCAUUUCUCUUUUCCAUCCAAAUUACGCCUCAAUUUGUUCUUCAUUUUGUUUCCUUCAAUUCAACUGUAGCUCUCCAGCUCGAAAAAUGGCGAUGAAGCUUGCUGCUACCUCUGCAAUUCGCUCUUUCGCUUCAUCUUCUGGGAUUUCUGGCUCUUCAGCUUUUGCUAGAUGCUUACAUGCUUCUGCAGGGAGCAAAAAGAUUGUAGGGGUUUUCUACAAGGCCAAUGAGUACGCUGCAAAGAAUCCUAAUUUCUUGGGGUGUGCAGAGGGAGCUUUAGGCAUACGUGAGUGGUUGGAAUCACAGGGCCACCAAUACAUUGUCACCGAUGACAAAGAAGGACCAAACUGUGAACUUGAAAAGCAUAUCCCUGAUCUCCAUGUCCUCAUAAGUACACCCUUCCACCCUGCCUAUGUUACGGAAGAAAGGAUCAAAAGGGCCAAAAACUUGCAACUGCUUCUGACAGCUGGAGUUGGGUCUGAUCAUAUAGAUUUGAAGGCAGCAGCUGCGGCUGGGUUAACUGUUGCAGAGGUCACAGGAAGCAAUGUUGUCUCAGUUGCAGAAGAUGAGCUCAUGAGAAUUCUUAUUCUUGUCCGGAAUUUCUUACCUGGAUAUCAUCAAGUUAUUACUGGGGAGUGGAAUGUAGCAGGUAUUGCUUACAGAGCCUAUGAUCUGGAAGGAAAGACUGUUGGAACUGUUGGUGCUGGACGCAUUGGUAGGCUUUUGCUCCAACGGUUGAAACCUUUCAAUUGUAAUCUCCUCUAUCAUGAUCGACUUAAGAUGGACCCUGAAUUGGAGAAUCAAACUGGGGCAAAAUUUGAAGAGGAUCUCGAUGCAAUGCUUCCCAAAUGUGACAUAGUUGUCAUCAACACACCUCUUACAGAGCAGACAAGGGGAUUGUUUAACAAAGAUAAGAUUGCAAAAAUGAAGAAAGGUGUGCUCAUUGUUAAUAAUGCUCGAGGAGCAAUUAUGGAUACACAAGCAGUUGUCGAUGCUUGCUCUAGCGGACAGAUUGGAGGUUAUAGUGGGGAUGUCUGGUACCCACAACCAGCACCGAAGGACCAUCCAUGGCGUUAUAUGCCAAAUCAAGCUAUGACCCCUCAUAUUUCUGGAACCACCAUUGAUGCACAGUUGCGAUAUGCAGCUGGAGUGAAGGACAUGCUUGAUCGAUACUUCAAGGGAGAAGAAUUUCCUCUACAGAAUUACAUUGUCAAGGAAGGCAAAAUAGCAAGUCAAUAUCUGUGAGUUGUCUAAAAGUGUAAUUUUCAAGGUCCCAGAAUAAUUUACCUUCGUAGAGGUUCCCAGUUUUCCAUGAGAAAACAAUGACUAUGCUGUAUGGAGUGAACUUAGGAUGGUUAUAAUCCAUCUGCAACUUUGUGAUCUGUGUAUAUCAGCAUCUGAUUAUGUGUGAUAAAAAUUCCCCCCUCCUUUGGUCAUAACUGGUGUGUGUUUGGACGUGUUAAUUCCAUUAAUUUGAACUUUUGGGAUCUCUUUGGUCA